UCCCCCAGGGUUUGGGCACGUCUCGGUCUCCCUCCCACCAUCCUGGGGCCGGGACGUGAAGCAGCUGCCAGGCGGCCGUGGCCGCGGGAGUGGGGCCCGGGGCGCGCACGGACUUGAGCGCUGAAGGUCCGCCCGGGCCGGCCACGGAGUUCCCCGGCAGGGCCGGCGCGCCGGGAGAGGACCGGGUCCGAGGGCCCCGGGCGCGGCAGCCGCGCCAGGAGGUCCCGCCGCGAGCGUGACCUCACGGGGAGGGGCCAGCGCGGCAGCCCUGGGCGCGGAGCCGAGCGCAGAGAGCGCAGCGCCGGAGCCGAGCCGCGAGGAGCGCACGCCGCGGCCCAGAUGGAGCGGUUCAAAGCCCUGGAGCAGCUGCUGACAGAGCUGGAUGACUUCCUCAGGAUUCUUGACCAAGAGAACCUGAGCAGCACAGCUGUGGUGAAGAAGAGUGGCCUGGCCGAGCUCCUCCGGCUUUACACCAAAAGCAGCAGUUCUGAUGAGGAGUACAUUUAUAUGAACAAAGUGACGGUCCACAAGCAACAGGAUGCUGAGUCCCAAGACAAAGCGCCCGAGGAGCAGAGCCCACUGACCAACGGCGAGCCCGGCCAGCACUCCUCGGCCCCUCAGAAGAGUCUUCCAGACCUCCCGCCACCCAAGAUCAUUCCAGAACGGAAGCAGCUCUCCAUCCCAAAGAUCGAGUCUCCAGAGGGUUACUAUGAAGAGGCUGAACCAUAUGACACAUCCCUCAAUGAGGACGGAGAGGCCGUGAGCAGCUCCUACGAGUCCUACGACGAGGACGAAAGCAGCAAGGGCAAGUCGGCCCCCUACCAGUGGCCCUCGCCCGAGGCCAGCAUCGAGCUGAUGCGUGACGCCCGCAUCUGUGCUUUCCUGUGGCGCAAGAAGUGGCUGGGCCAGUGGGCCAAGCAGCUCUGCGUGAUCAAGGACACCAGGCUCCUGUGUUACAAGACCUCCAAGGACCACAGUCCUCAGCUGGACGUGAACUUGCUGGGCAGCAGUGUGGUGCACAAGGAGAAGCAAGUGCGGAAGAAGGAGCACAAGCUGAAGAUCACACCCAUGAGCGCCGACGUGAUCGUGCUGGGCCUGCAGAGCAAGGACCAAGCUGAGCAGUGGCUCAGGGUCAUCCAGGAGGUGAGUGGCCUGCCUUCUGAAGGAGCUUGUGAGGGAAACCAGUACACCCCAGAUGCCCAGCGCCUGAGUUGUCUGAAACCAGAUAUAACUGAGAAGUACCUGUCAGCCUCGGAGUAUGGAAGCUCCAUAGAUGGGCACCCUGAGGUCCCAGAGACCAAAGAUGUCAAGAAGAAAUGUUCUGCUGGCCUCAAACUGAGCAACCUAAUGAACCUGGGCAGGAAGAAAUCUACCUCGCUGGAGCCUCCGGAAAGGUCCCUCGAGACAUCCAGUUACCUGAACGUACUGGUGAACAGCCAGUGGAAGUCGCGCUGGUGCUCCGUCAGGGACAGUCACCUGUACUUCUACCAGGACCGGAACCGCAGCAAGGCAGCCCAGCAGCCCCUCAGCCUGGUGGGCUGUGAGGUGGUGCCAGACCCGAGCCCUGACCACCUCUACUCCUUCCGCAUCCUCCACGACGGCGAGGAGCUGGCCAAGCUCGAGGCCAAGUCUUCCGAGGAAAUGGGCCACUGGCUAGGCCUCCUGCUCUCUGAGUCGGGCUCCAAGACAGACCCAGAAGAAUUCACUUACGACUAUGUGGAUGCCGAUAGGGUUUCCUGUAUCGUAAGCGCCGCCAAAACCUCUCUGCUACUGAUGCAGAGAAAGUUCUCAGAGCCGAACACUUACAUUGACGGCCUGCCCAGCCAGGAUCACCAGGAGCUGCUGUAUGAUGACGUGGAGGUGUCGGAGCUGACGGCAGUGGGGGAGGCCCCUGAGGAAGCUGCUCCUGCGACAGAUGCUCCGAGCGAGCCUGACCCUGACCGCGUAUACCUGGACCUCACGCCCGUCAAGUCCUUCCUGCACGGCACUGGCGGUGCACAGGCCCGGGCCCCCUCGCCCACGCCGCCCCAGCCGGACCCUCCGGCCGAGGCUCUCCCUGCAGACCUGAACCCCACCCCCGAUGAGCCCCUCGUAAAGUCUCCAGAGAACCCCGAGUUGCAGGUACAGGGGGUCCCCCAGCAGGUGAGCUGGCCUCACUUUCUGGGGUGCCUCGGCCAGCUGGGUCCUGUUUGCUUUCUCCCAAAGCAGAUGCAGCAGGGGAGUCAGGAACCUGAGGAGCCUUCGCUGGGAAUCACGGCAGUCAAAAUCCAGACUGAACAGCAGAAGAUCUCCUUCCCACCGAGCUGCCCUGACACUGUGCCCAUCGCCCCAGCCGGGGCCAGCCCACCUGUGAAAGACAGGUUGAAGGCAACCAAUGCAGAGAUCAAACUUGGCAAGAACAGGACAGAAGCCGAGGUGAAGCGGUACACAGAGGAGAAGGAGAGGCUUGAGAAGAAGAAGGAAGAAAUCCGUGGGCACCUGGCUCAGCUCCGGAGGGAGAAACGGGAGUUGAAGGAGACCCUGUUGAAGUGUACAGCCGACUGGCUUCUCUCUGCAGACAAGGGGGCGGCGGCCGGCCUGGAGGAGAAGCUGAAGGAGAUCGACGAGGAGUGCAGGGUGGAGGAGCGCAGGCGUGUGGACCUGGAGCUCAGCAUCGUGGAGGUGAAGGACAGCCUGAAGAAGGCCGAGGCCGGGCCCGUGACGCUGGGCACGACCGUAGACACCACCCACCUGGAGAACGUGAGCCCCCGCCCCAAAGCUGCCACCCCGACUCCUGCCCCGGACUGUACCCCAGUCAACUCUGCAACUGCGCUCAAGAACAGGCCUCUGUCGGUCAUGGUCACGGGCAAAGGCACCGUCCUCCAGAAAGCCAAGGAAUGGGAGAAGAAAGGAGCAAGUUAGGAAACAAACUUCAUCUAGAGACUCUGCUGUCAAUACGGACCUUGGUGACAAUCCUGCUUCGUUACAGUCUUCGUUAAAGCAGCAACUCUGUAAAAGGGUGAGUCUGUUUACAAGGAAAAGGAAGGACUGGGGUUCUAUGAAUGGAAAACUUCAGCUAAGAGGAGGCUCUGUCCCUUCACAGGGCCAAAGGAAAUAAUACGACAACAAAAAAGACUUUUUUGGAGACCUAAGUCUAUUGGUUGUAAACAUUACAUUGCUGUAUUUAGGGGUAUUCUGUGUUUCUUCCUUGAAGUUUUCAGCAAUUGCUUUAUCAAGGUUUUUAAGUGAAAAGAUUCUGAUGUGGAGACUUUGGUGGAAGAGAAAAAUUAAGGUAGCAGGGCCCUGUCCCACUGAUCACAUGGCUUUGGUGAUUGAGAAGGUCUAAACUCCUGUCAUCUCCUAUCUGAUUCUUAGCAGUGUCAGGGGUUAAACCGUCCUUGUCUUCAACUGUGUAAAACCAUCUAUGGUUUUUUGAGAAAUGGUAAUGGGGAAAACAUUUGGGACCAAGCUGAGGCACUGUUCCCAGUAAAUUAAGGACUUUUUUCAGGCUAAAGCAGGCCAGAACCAAUUGCUUUUAAAUAAAAUUUUAAGUGAUGCUGUAUUACAUAGAAAAAAAGAUGUUUAAAAUCCUGUAAUUUAGAACAGUGAAAAGUGUCUUUUGAGAUUUAACUGACAUUUUACAUUACCAUAGAAACAAGAUUACCCUGUGUUUACAGAUUCAGUCCUGUGGUGAGGCGAUUUUUAAGAGAAGAGUUAUUUAAUAUAAUGUUCUCUUAGUCCCUGUUUUUAUAAGUUGUGCUCCAUGUCCAGGCCCUUUCCAAGAAAAAAGGGGCAAAUUUUGUUUCUGGUGGUCUCUUUCUUCUCUUAAAAUUGGCAGUGCUGUUCUUUGUGUUGCCCGUUCUUCUCUUCUGAUGGCACUGGUUAACACAGGUUGGAACAUAUCACCUAUCAUCUCUCAGCCUCAUUUCUGGGGGUUCUGAAUCAGAGUUCUUUAACACUGGUUCCUGAGAACUAAAGGUCUUUUGAGUCUUAUUGUCUUUCUAAUCCCAGGGCAUUUAUUUCCUGUGUCAUAAACACUUGGUGUCCCAAGUGGUGAGU